AUGAACUUCGCACCGUACCAAGACGCCUCUCCCGAAAACACGCGCGCCCUCUCCCCGCCGCCCCUCCGGUCGCCGACACACUCGCCGCGGCCAUCGCUCUCCACAUCGCGUCCCAGCGGCUACAACUACCCGCACCACCAGCGCGGCCUCAGCGCCGCGUCCGCCACGUCUCCCUCCGGUUACACUCCUUCGGGCUAUACGCCGUCGGGCUACACAAACUCCAACGCGUCCUACUUCCCCCCGGCGACGCGGGGCAGCAGCGACCUCGAGCGCGGGUGGGGCAACAGCGGCGCGGGAGGAUGGGGCCAAGCGUCGGCCAGCAGGGGGAGCGUGGGCGGCAGGGAGGAUCUGGACCUGUUUGAGACGAGGUUGGGGAUUCGGAUGGAUUGGGAGGCGUGUCUGGCGUAUUUGUUGCUGCCGCCGGCGGGGGGCGUGCUGUUGCUUGUCGUGGAGCAUCGGAGCGAUUAUGUGAGGUUCCACGCGUGGCAGUCGGCGCUGCUGUUCUCGUUCAUGUUCGUGAUGCACAUCAUCUUCUCGUUUUCGUCGGUGGUGUCGUGGCUGCUGUUCGUCGUCGACUUGGGCGCGAUUGGAUACUUGACGAUGCGGGCGUAUCGUGAUGCGGAAACUCUUGAUCGUUGCGAAGUGCCGCUCUUCGGCCGGCUGGCGAGCUCGAUUCUCGACGAUGAGUAG